AUGUCCUCCUCCUCCUCUUCCUCCUCCUCGGCGCCGGCGUCGCGCAGACAAUGGUGCUACUUGUGCGACCUGCCCAAGAUGCCGUGGGCCAUGAUCUGGGACUUCAGCGAGGCGGUGUGCCGGGGCUGCGUGAACUUCGAGGGCGCCGACCGCAUCGAGCUGCUGAUCGAGACGGCGCGCCAGCUGAAGCGCGGCCACCUCCUGCCCGAGGGCCGCUCGCCGGGGCCGCCGGGCGCCAAGCACGCCAAGGAAGGGCCGGCCCCGGAGCGCUACGAGCCCCGCGGCCGCCUGGCCGGCGACUACGCCCUCAGCCCGCGCCUGCCCAACGGCCUGGCCCGCGAGGAGGGCGAGGGCAGCCGGCACAGCCCCACGGCCCGCCGCGCCCUGCUGGGGGCCGUGCCGCCCGGGCUGGGGCUGCUGGGGGGCCCGCAGGGGCUGCUGGCCGCCGUCUCCGGCCUGGCCGCCCGCCCCGCCCUGGCCCUGGCCCCCGCCUCGGCCUCGCCCCUGCUGGGCGAGCCGGGCAAGCUGGCCCGCGCCGCCGCCGCCGCCGCCGCCGCCGCCUACGCGGGCGACUACGAGAAGGAGAAGCAGCGCAACGCGGAGUGCCUGGGCGAGCUGCACGAGGCGCUGCGCGGGCGGGCCGAGGAGUGGCCCGGGCGGCCCAAGGCGGUGCGCGAGCAGCUGCUGGCCCUGUACGCCUGCGCGCCCUUCAACGUGCGCUUCAAGAAGGAGCACGCCCUGGUGGGGCGCAUCUUCGCCUUCGACGCCGCCCCCCGGCCGGGCUACGAGUACGAGCUGAAGCUCUUCGCCGAGUACCCCUGCGGCUCGGGCAACGUGUACGCCGGCGUGCUGGGGGUGGCCAAGCAGAUGUUCCAGGAUUGCCUCAAGGACCCCGGCAAGGUCAUCUCCUCCGGCUACAAGUACCUGGAGUACGAGAAGCGGCACGGCGCCGGGGACUGGCGCCUCCUGGGCGAGCUCUUCACCGAAGGCGUGCGCUUCUUCCGAGAGGCCCUGGCUCCGGACGCCGUGCCCCAACAGUUCCUCGACAGCAACUGUGCCAUGCCGCCCAGCCUUCUCCUGAGGGCCGUGCCUCCCGCCCGGGCCGUCACCCGGAGGCGCAAGGCCUCUCCGGAGCCUGAGGGAGAAGCGGCCGGCAAGCUGACCGGCGAGGAGCAGCAACAGAGGCAACACUGGCUGCCCCAAGGAUCGGGUGGCAUCUACCCGUCCGGCAUGGCGCACCUGCCAGCCUCGGCCGGCCAAGGGCCCUUGCCCGAAGGAUCGUUGAGGAAUGACCCUUCUCCCAUCACCGCCCUUAAGAAUGUGGCCGACACGCUGGGGAACAAGGAGGUCAACCCGGUCCACUCCACCACCGCCCGGCAAAACAGCGCGAGUCCCGCAUCACCCGCUGCGUCCGGCCAACACCGACUGGUGCCCCGCAACGGCGAGCCGGGCCAAGCUUCCACCACCUCCUCCUCUUCCUCCUCCUCUUCAUCUGGGGCCCACUCCUCCGGGGGGGUUGAGCCCAGCGGCACACAGAGCGCCCCUGAUUCCUCAGGAGGGGCCAGCAGCACCCCCCUCUGCUGCACCAUCUGCCACGAGAGGCUGGAAGAUACCCACUUCGUCCAGUGCCCUUCGGUGCCUGGGCACAAGUUCUGUUUCCCUUGUUCCCGGGAUUUCAUUAAAGCUCAAGGAGCGGCUGGAGAGGUGUAUUGCCCCAGCGGGGAGAAGUGCCCUCUGGUGGGAUCCAACGUCCCCUGGGCCUUCAUGCAGGGCGAGAUCGCCACCAUUUUAGCCGGUGAUGUGAAAGUAAAAAAAGAGCAUGAUCCGUGA